CAACGGUGGAACAGCGUAACGAAGUCAAAAUGCGGUAUCCUAUGCGCCACGCGUUCGGUGCAGACGGAAGCCAGUUCUACUGCCCGCCAGGCUAUCAAUAUGUGGCGCGGCAAAAAACUUCGCUUCAUCCGGGCAUGGCGACGUCGUCCAGUACAUCGAAUGUACCUGGCGCUACAACAGCUGCGUCAAGCAGAGAAGUAGAGAGUUUCUGGUGUGGGAUAGAUGGGGUCGAGCAACAGCAGUUCAUACCACACCUCCGAGGAAGAGCGAUGCGUCGAUGGCCAGCAUUCGUGGAGAGGCCCCGAGAUUUUAAGGCAGAGGAUCAAGCUUGUGGGGAAGCUCUGGAACUCAUGACAUGCAAAGACGCGGAUGUUGGUAGAAGUACUAAUCAUGGUAGCGGUACUAGAACAAGAAGUAGGGGUGGAGGUGGAAUUUGUGGGGGAGCAGCAAAUGUUACCAAGAGUAGUCCUCAAGUGUGUUACCCGAUUCCCAUGGAUGCCGCAUCACGCAUGCGAGAUGACCUUCAAAGGACACUCACAAGAAUGUUCGGAAGUAUGCCGAAGGAGUUAGCAAG